UAUAUUUUCGUCUUCCUUUUCAUUCAUUCCUCUUUCAUUCCUGAAACUCUCUCACCGGCAGCGAAGCUUCCGACAGUUUUUUUCUGAUUCUGUUUCAAAUGUAGAAGGAAGCACUUCCGACCUCCGGCAUCCAACAACUUCAACUCACUCCUUCUUCAUCUUCUUCUUCUUCUUUGCUUUUUCUCUGUGGAAUUUUGUGUUCUUAUGUCUUCCGCCUUCAGUCCUUCCCGGAGCCCAGGGAGUUCUCGGCUCCAACACUUGGGACCGGUGUCUGGUGUCUCUCGUUUGAGAUCUUCAUCGCUCAAGAAGCCUCCUGAACCGCUACGUAGAGCCAUCGCUGAUUGCCUCUCUUCCUCUGCUGCUAAUUCGCAUCAUGGAGGUCCCUCUGCUUCAGUCGUCGUUGCCGAAGCUUCCAGGACUCUUCGGGACUAUUUGGCAACACCUGCAACGACAGACCUGGCAUAUUGUGUGAUCUUGGAACACACAAUUGCAGAGAGGGAACGAAGCCCAGCUGUAGUUGCAAGGUCGGUGGCACUUUUGAAACGCUACCUUCUUAGAUACAAACCCUCUGAAGAAACAUUAAUGCAGAUAGACCGGUUUUGCUUAAACACGAUUGGCGAGUGUAGUUUUAGUCCAAACCGAAGGUCGUCACCAUGGACUCAUUCUUUAAGUCAAGCAUCUGCUGCGACUACAACCCCUUCUACUUUUUCACCAUUGCCUGUAUCAAGUAUUGCCUCUGGAGCACUUCUAAAAUCACUGAAAUAUGUUCGCUCCUUGGUGGCACAACACAUACCAAGGAGAUCGUUUCAACCAGCUGCUUUUGCUGGUGCACCUUCUAUGUCAAGACAGCCGCUUCCUGCACUGUCAUCUAUGCUGAGUAGAUCCUUCAAUUCACAAUUAAAUGCUGCAAGUAGUGGACAAUCUGCAGAACAUAAAGACUCUACUGUUUUAUCCAUAUCAAAUUUAUCUAACAUUGAAGAAGUUGAUGGUAUGGUCGAUCUUGAAUACAUUGCACAUGAUGCACUGAAAUGGCGAUGGCUUGGGGAACUACGGUCAUCUCUUUUGCAAAGAGAGGGUGAUAGUUUUGUUAAUACUCAAGACUUGAGAACACGUAAUCUUCUAGAGGUAGGUGCAGCAGCACUUUUAGUGGGAGAUACAGAAGCCAAAGUGAAGGAUCAACCUUGGAAAGCUUUGGGAACAGCUGAUAUGCCAUAUGUUGAUCAACUAUUGCAGCCUUCGCCUGUAGCGACUAUAACCAAUUCUUCCUCUGCUCGUCUCCACUUGAGGGCUAUAACUGCAUCAAAGCGCACAAAACCAGACUUGCAUCAGAUUUGGGAAGAUUCUCCUGGGAGUACAUUUCGACCAAAGGCCCGACCACUUUUCCAAUAUCGUUACUACAGUGAACAGCAGCCUUUGAGACUGAAUCCUGCUGAGGUGUGCGAGGUUAUUGCUGCAGUUUGCUCUGAAAUGUCUUCACCCAUCGCUAAUCCCCUUACAGUAACUUCUAGGUUAAGUACAAAUAGUGGGAAGCCAUCGAUGGAUGUGGCCGUGAGCGUUCUCGUAAAACUCAUUAUUGACAUGUAUGUUUUGGAUUCUGGGAUUGCUGCACCUCUCACUUUAUCCAUGCUUGAGGAAAUGCUUAGUUCUCCAAGAUCAACCUGCAGAGUUCGUGCAUUUGAUUUAAUCUUGAACCUUGGCGUUCAUGCUCACUUGUUAGAACCAAUCGCACUGGAUGACAGUUCUACAAUUGAAGAAGAGUAUUCUCAAGAAUCAUAUCUUGCGGAAGAAACCCAAUUUAAUUCACAGGGGAAGAAAAAUCCUGAUUCUCCUAACAAUAUCAGUGCAACUUCAUCUAUUAACAAAUUCGAAUGUUGGAUUCUUAACAUCUUGUAUGAGAUACUGCUUCUUCUUGUCCAAAUUGAAGAGAAGGAAGAAUCUGUCUGGACAUCUGCUUUGAGCUGUUUACUUUAUUUUGUUUGUGACAGAGGCAGACUCAGGAGAAGCCGACUAAAGGGUCUUGACAUAAGGGUUAUUAAGGCAUUUCUAGAAACUAGCAGAAGAAAUUCUUGGGCUGAAAUAGUUCAUUGCAGGCUCAUUUGCUUGUUAACAAAUAUGUUUUAUCAAGUCCCGGAGGAGUCCACAGAUGGUGCUCCAAGCCCUAUAUUUCUUGUAGAUCAGGUGGAUCUGGUUGGAGGAACUAAGUUUAUUUUCUUUGAGUAUUCUCUAGCAAACUCAAGAGAAGAACGGAGAAACCUCUUUCUGGUGCUUUUUGAUUAUGUUUUGCAUCAAAUAAAUGAAUCUUGCAUCACAACUGGAGGAAUGGAGUAUAGUGAUGAUGAGAUACAUCCCCUUGCAGCCCUGUUCAGCCUCGCCAAUGCACCUGAGGCCUUUUACAUCUCAGUUAAGCUUGGAGUGGAAGGUGUUGGAGAGAUCUUGAAAGCGUCUAUCUCAUCGGCAUUGUGUAGAUAUCCUAAUAGUGAGCGACUAAAUUUGCUCUUGGAGAACGUAAUGGAGAAAUUUAAUACAAUAAUCAAAUCGUUUACACAUUUGGACAAUGAGUUCUCUUAUAUGAUACAGAUAACCAAAUCUCUCAAACUUUUUGAAAGCAUUCAAGGUUCUUUAUUAAGAAAUGGUGUUAGCAUGAAAUCCAAGCUAUCAUGGGCCACUCUGCAUUCCCUGAUUCAUUCAGAGAGAAUUGCUUAUCGUCAAAAUGGUUAUGUCUGGCUAGGGGAUCUCCUUUUUGAAGAAAUAACUGGUGAAAGGGACGAAAGUAUGUGGACAAAUGUGAAAAGAUUACAGCAGAGAAUUGCGUACGCUGGUUUGAAUGAUUAUUCAACAACUUCAGAUGUGCCACUUUCAAUCUGGCUCAUGUGCGGACUUUUGAAGUCAAAACACAACUUCAUUAGAUGGGGUUUUUUAUUUGUUGUAGAAAGACUUCUUAUGCGAUGCAAAUUUUUGUUGCAUGAGAAUGAAUUGCGAAAUUCUGGCAGCAUCAACAUUGGCCAGGCAUCAAAAGAUAGCCGUCUAGAGAAAGCUAAUGCAGUGAUAGACAUAAUGUGCAGUUCUCUUUUUUUGGUUUUUCAGAUAAAUGAAACUGAUCGCACCAAUAUUUUAAAGAUGUGUGACAUACUCUUCUCUCAAUUAUGCUUGAGAGUACCACAAGUUUCUGACCUAUCAAUUGGAGAUGAUAUGCCACGUGGCAGAGUUAUGGAUUACUCAGGUGAAAGUAAAACGAUAGGGGUUACUGAAUCUGAAGCUAAACUUGAGGAGAAAGGCAGAUUUAUUAAAACUUAUAAUAAUCCUCUUGAUCAUGAGACAGCCUCCAUGGCUGCAUUACUGCUUCAGGGACAGACAAUUGUCCCGAUGCAGUUGAUCUCGCAUGUUCCUGCUGCUCUGUUCUACUGGCCAUUGAUUCAACUUGCUGGAGCAGCAACAGACAACAUUGCUUUGGGUGUUGCUGUUGGAAGCCAAGCAAGAGGGAACCACCCAGGUGCCGCCUCUGACAUACGGUCUGCACUGCUCUUACUCCUGAUUGCUAAGUGCAGUUCUGAUUCAUCUGCUUUCCAAGAAGUGGAUGGGGAACAAUUUUUCAGAGAGCUUCUAGAUGAUACGGAUUCAAGGGUGGCUUAUUACUCUUCAGCGUUUCUUUUGAAGCGUAUGAUGACAGAGAAACCUGAAAAGUACCAAUACAUGCUUCAGAAUCUUGUAAUUAAAGCUCAGCAGAGCAAUAAUGAGAAGCUAUUGGAAAAUCCAUACCUUCAGAUGCGUGGUAUACUUAAGCUAGCAAAUGAUAUGGGCAUCGAGUUGUGAUCUACUUUGAUUUUCUAGAAGCAUUCUGCUCUUGACAUGGAUAAUUAUCACAUUCAGCGGUGUGCUCAACAAGUUUUGAUACCCAUGAUGUUCAAUCACUCUCUUUAUUUCCCAUCUCUAGAGCAUAUGAAGAAACGCACCUGACUAAGUGUACAUGAAAGAGCUCGUCUACUCAUAUGGGAACUUAAUUUAGCUCAAGCUAGGUCAAUUACUAUCCAUUGAAAAAGGCGGCAGUGAUACAAUGGGACGAUCUUGUUUAUUCAUAGUUUUAUCUUGCCAUUGUACAGUUGGUUCUUGAAUUCGGCCAUCAACUCUGGUUUUUCUAUGCUAAGCACGCACAAAGAUGGUGAGCUAAUUUGAUGACUGGGCCUGUGAUUAGCUGUUGUAGAGAUUCCUCCCUGAAUAUGCCAAUUAACUCUUCCUUUCAACCAUACGUCAAGAAGAAAGCAACUAAGGCAUUCGGGAAAACCGUUUGAAUUGCUCCAUCAAUUGAUUUGUCUGCCUCAUUCUGCCACAAAUCAUUGGGAAUGGAAGUUUUUUCAUAUUUUCAUCAGCUGUAUGUUGUGUAUAAUGUUUUGGGACAGAUUGCAAGUGAAACUUGAGAAGAUUCAUUUCAUUUGUACAGAACCACAUUACUCCAGCAAUCCCUCUGUUUUUCGUCUUCCUGAAGGGGCAGUCCUUUAACCAUGUUUUUAUCUGUGUUUUUUCAAGUCUGUAAAGUCAGCUUAACUGAUUGAGAGAAAUUAUCAUCAAAAUAUGUAUAUUCAACAUGGCUCAGGAGUCUCAUUUUUCAGAGCAUUGCAGGUGUCCGAUAUUUUUAGGACAUUCAACUGCCUGCUUGCCUGGUAUGGGUUUUUCUGGAAGCUAUCUUUGUGAUAACCAUUAUUAUUGUUUCAACAUUCAUCUUUUUUGUGAUUCAGUUCUUGGUAAUCUGAAAUGUUCAUUUUUGUUUGUUAUAUUGA